UGCCCGGCAGCAUGGACGCGACCACUGCUCCGCACCGCAUUCCCCCGCAAAUGCCCCUCUACGGGGAGACGAACCACAUCUUCGAGUUGAUGCAGAACAUGCUGGAGCAACUCCUGAUCCACCAGCCCCGAGAUCCCAUCACAUUCAUGAUCGAUCACCUGCAGCGGAACAACGAUGACGUGCCCAGGAUUAUAAUACUAGGCCCGCCCGCCUCCGGGAAAACCACCAUCGCGAUGUGGCUCCGCAAACACCUGAACAGCAGUCACCUCACCAUGGAGAACUUGAUAGCGAAAGAGUACUCCCCUCUGGCUGCCGCUGCCCGGAAGCAUUACCAGGUGACGAAGGCGGUGCCCAGCACGCUGCUCAUCGGGCUGAUGGAGGAGCGCCUGGGCGAAGAGGACUGCGUGCAGCGGGGCUGGAUCCUGGACGGCAUCCCCGAGACCCGGGAGCAGGUGCUGGCCAUCCAGACCCACGGGAUCGUCCCCAGACACGUCAUCGUGCUGAGCGCCCCAGACACGGUCCUGAUCGAGAGGAACUUGGGGAAGAGAGUCGACCCUCAAACUGGAGAGAUUUAUCACACCACCUUCGACUGGCCCCCUGUGGCUGAGGUCCAGAACCGCCUGGUGGUGCCCGCGGGCAUCUCGGAGCCGGAGACGGCUCGGAACCUGCUGGAGUAUCACAGGAACAUCAUCAGGAUCCUGCCCUCGUACCCCAAAAUCCUGAAGGUCAUCAGUGCCGACCAGCCGUGUGUGGACGUCUUCUACCAGGCCCUGACCUACGUGCAGACCAACCACCGCUCCAACGCGCCCUUCACCCCGCGGGUGCUGCUCUGCGGGCCCGCGGGCAGCGGGAAGAGCCUGCAGGCUGCGCUCCUGGCCCAGAAGUACAGGCUGGUGAACGUCUGCUGCGGGCAGCUGCUGAAAGAGGCCGUGGCGGAAAACUCCCGAUUCGGCCAGGACAUCCAGCCGUUUUUCGAAAAGGAGAUAGCAGUCCCCGACAGCAUCGUGGCGAAGGUGCUGGGCCAGCGCCUGGACGAACACGACUGCGUCCAGCAGGGGUGGGUACUGCACGGCUUCCCGCGAGACCUGGACCAGGCGCACCUGCUGGACCACCUGGGCCAGAAGCCCAACAGGGUGUUCUUCCUGAACGUGCCGCUGGACUCCGUCGUCGAGCGGCUGACCCUGAGGAGAACCGACCCCGUCACCGGGGAAAGGUACCACCUCAUGUACAAGCCGCCUCCCACCAUGGAAAUCCAGGCCCGGCUCCUGCAGCACCCCAAGGACGCCGAAGAGCGGGUCAAGUUCAAGGUAGACCUGUUCUACAGGAAUUCCCCCGAGCUGGAGAAGUUCUACAAGCAGGCCAUCGCCGUCAACGGCGACCAGGACCCAUACACCGUCUUCGAGCACCUAGAGAGCGGGAUCAUCCACCCCCUGCCCACGAAAGCCCUCUGACGCGGGCAGGGCAAGCAGCAUCCGGAGAAACAGAGUUAA